AUGUACGUGGAUAAGUAUAGACAGGCUGCAGUGCUGACAGGAGAACGAGAUGUUAAGACUGAUGUAAGAAUUAAGAAGAAAAGGGACAGGCUACAAGGACAGGCAGCUGCAGCUGACGAACAUGAUUAUGAAACAUAUUUGGCUCAGGGUAUAUUUGAGAUGAGAUCAGGAACUGCGGAAAAGGCUUUACAUUACUUUAACAAGGCAAUAGAUAUGGAGUCUGAGGACGAGGUACCGUAUAUCGUCAGAAGUGAAUGUUUACGAAGAUUGGAGAAAUCUGAUGAAGCCAAGUUAGAUGCUGAAAUUGCCUUGAAAAUAAAUAAAUCAAGUACAAAGGCCGUUGUAGCACUAGGAGAGGCAAUGUUUCAGUUAGGACAGUUCGAGUUUGCGUUAGUUCAGUUUGAGAGAGGUUUAAAGAUUAGAAUGGAAACUACACUAAAGAAAGGAGCAGAGAAAUGCAAAGAUGCUAUUUUGCACUCUCUGGGUACAAGGAUACCAAAAUAUGAUUUGAACGUUGUGAGAUUAGUUGUCAAGGAAAGGGCACGUCAAGAGAAGAUGGAAAAUAAAGCAAAAGAUAAAAAUCCUUUG